GCACCCGCGGGCGGGCACCCCCGGCACGCCGUUCCCUGUGCCGCGCAGCCCGGGCCGUUCGCGAGGGGCCGCCCGGGCCGUUGCGGCCGCUCCGGCCCCGGUCUGCCUGGCGUCCCGUCGGCCCGCGGGCACGGGCGUCGUUCCCCUCGCACCGGGCCCCCGGCCCGCCGCAGCUUCCGGAGCGGUCGGUGUCGCCCGGACAGCCCGGGGGUGCCCGUGGUACCGGGCCGGUGGGAGCACAGGAGGCUGCGGGGGGUGGCGGGUGCCGCCCGGGACGGGGGGAGCUCCCUGAGGGGCGGGUGGCCCCCGCCGGGCCGGCCCCGGGCCGCCGGCUCCUCAGGCGGGACCCGGCUCGGCCGUUCCGGAGCUCCAGGAGCUCCUGCCCCGAGCUGGAGCCGUGGGGGAGCUGGAGGAGCCCUCCAGGUGGUGCCAGGCUCUCACCUCGCAGAGCAGUGAUUUCCCCCAAAUAAAUAACCUGCCUGGGUGCCCAGGAGGACCCAGGAGCGGUCGGGUUGGACGCAAAGUGCGGUGAGAUCCCGUGUCCAGGUGGGAUCCCGUGUCUGGGUGUAGCUGCCCUCCUCUCGCUGCCUCAGUUCUUCAGUUCUCCCGUGCCCGAAACCAGCCCUCGGCUGAACUGACAGGCAAGCGCUUUGUUCCGCCUCAGUUGCCGUCUGUAUUUUCCCCCUCUGAGGGGAACUUGCUUAAAAGCUUGUUUUGAAUGGAAGCAGUCCAGGUUUGGAGCAGCCGGGUUAUUUCUUCUGCUUUGGCUGUCAACCCAGCCACCUUGUGCCGUGAGGACCAGCAGAGGCUGGGAGAGGGCAGGGCUGGGAUGGAUCUGCGUGCUGGGAGUUAUUACUGUGACCCUUCCCUGCUGCCGAGCUCAGUUCUUUCUCUUGGGUUGGUGCUAAUCGGUGCUGGGUGCCCGUGUAAGGAAAGCUGUGUUUGGGUAUGGAUUACCUGGCAACAGCUUCCAACCCCGUUGCAUCGGGUUUUGCUGUGCCCAGAGGUGCAGCUCAGCUGGUGUGGGGGCCUGGUUUGGGGUCGGAGGAGGGCACGGGGCACCUGUCAUGCUGCUGCAGUCAUGCCCCUGCACAGGGUCACGUUUUACUGCAGCCCUGGGGCCUCCCUGUGCUUUAUGUGCUCCCCUAAUCCCUGUGUAAUCUCUUCCCAUGGGAUCUUUGGUACCCUCCUAAUUCUGUCUUUCAAAGUGGUGAUGCUUAGCGAUCCCUCCUGGGCACUCUCUCUUCUGAACAACCUGAUGAAAAGUCUCUUAUUUUACCAGUCUGAUGGUUUUUAUUUUUAAUUCAGCCCAGCUCAAGAGCUCCCAAGGCUCCUUUUCUUUUCCAGGUACAAGCUCGCAUUUUGUCAUAACUUUUAUCAGCACUGGCAAUUCAAGUUCAGAAACUUAACAAAAGGAGUUGGCAUUUUUAGAAAUCAUCUCAGACCCAUGAAUUUUAAGAUCCCACAUUUAAAGCGAAAGAAAAUUCGGCUUUCUGGAAGUAGAACAGAGAAUUAAAUACAGCUUUCAAAGGUUUCAAUUCCCGUUCUCCAGCUUUCUCACCACCAUUUGCUGGAGUUUGAGGAGCAGGGAGCAAAGCUGCUGGAAAACACAUCUGAAAUGCACUCAGUUUUUUUCCUGUCCAAGUCCCCAAUUAAAGCCAUGUGGACAAAUGUUUCAGAGGUUGUGCUGGGCGUAAAGUUCCAACCAAACAAAUCCAUGCUCAAGCUCUGAGCCAGUGUUACCAAAUACCUUCAAAGUGAAGGGCAUCUGGCUGGAAUAUUUAAGUCUGCACUUGAAUUAGCCAGGGUUUUGUUUUCACUGGAGGAAGGGUGGCCCAGAGAAUUUCUGACUGGAGCCACGACUGUUUGGUGAAUAAGAGCUUUUAGGGUUGAUGUGAAUUUCAGCUUUUCAAGGUAUUUGUAAAGCUUGAGGUGAAGUGUUCUCGUCCAUGGGAUUUGAGUGAAGAUGUCAGCUGGGAUGUGUAACACAUCCCAAACCACGUCCCACUCUUCCCCAAACCCUUUCUGCUGUGGUGCAGUGCUGAGCUCUGUACAAGCAGCUCCAGCAUUGAACUUCUCAGCUUUUACUAUUUGUGUGCUGCUGAAUUCUCAAAGAGAAAUCAGGAACUGCAACUUUAGGCCUUUUCUUUGUUAUUUGCCAUAACUCCAGGACUUGUGUAAUUCUGGCUCACUGAUGCUCUCCCGCAUUCCUCAUUUCCCAAUCCAUGCAAACAGCUGCUGGCUGCAGCAGCUUUCAGCAAGACCUGGCAGGAGGCUGAAAUACGCCCCUCACUCCUCCUUGGGAGCAGCAGUCCCAGCACAGGAAAUAUUUUUCCACUCUGAUGGGGAAGUGGAUGUCGGAGCACGCGACACUCACGCGCAGCCAGCCCGGGCACCUUCACGUGUGGCCCAGGAUUCACAGCCCCGCUGCCACCCCGGGGUGAGGGACAGGCUGCUGUCACCCAGCCGUUACCCCAGCGAGUGUGAGGUGGCACGGGAAGGAGGUGGCUUUUCUGCUUGUUUGCAUUUCCUGCUGCUGUUUCAGAAAGGAAGGAAAACGAGCCGCUGACUCCCUCCUCACAGCCUCCCUCCUCUCUGCUCUGCGUGUGGCUGCAGAUGAAUGUUUGGUCCCCAGGAGAAAAUGGUGUAAGGCCAGCUCAGCUGCCACUUCCAGCCGCAGCGUGCCCGGAGCUCAGGGAGGAGCAUGGCGGCAGCUCAGGGAGCGGGAAGCAGCUCAGCCGGGCCGUCCGGCCCGCCCGGCUCUGCCCCGGGGCACGGCAGCGGCUCCACGGCGGUGGCAGUGUGGGAAUGGCAGGAAGAAUUUGGCAGGUGGAGGCCGUACCGAGGCAAUGUCUGCAGCUACAUUGAGCAGGUGAUCCAGGCCUCUCAGCAGAAGGGCCGGCGCUCGGGGUCGGGGCUGGUCAGCAGCAUCCCUUUGGGACACGCGGAUCCCGCCUUGGCUCCCUAUGUCAUCGACAUUCCAAGCUUGACACAAUUCCGGCAGGAUACAGGGACGAUGCGGGCUGUCCGCAGGCACGUCUUCCCGGGGGACUCUGCCGCUGGCCAGGGCAUCGUCUGGGAGUGGCAGAACGAUGAGGGCGGCUGGUCCCCGUACGAGAUGAACGUCUGCGUGUUCCUGGAGCAGGCCCGUGCCACCAACCACCAGCGAGUGGAUCUCGGGCCCUUGGGCUACAACUACGAAGUUGACUUUGUGGCUCAAGUCCAGACCAACAAGACCACGAGGUUCCGCCGCAGCAUUCAGAGGCGUUUGGACACCCCGUACCCGGUGACGACGUCCACCACACCCCUUCACACCGGGGUGGGAUGUUCUUGCCAGCAGUGCUGGCCAAACAGCGGGACUGGCCCCAUCACCACGCGCUACCGUCACUCCAUGACAAACUCUCCCAACUCUUCCGCUCCUCAUCAGGUUCCCGGGAGGACAGCGUCAGUAAGUUCUUCCAGCGUCGGCUUCGUGCCCUAUAACAAACCCGCUUUGACUGGAGCAAGGUCAACACCAAGACUCAGUGCACAGAACACCUUGGUUUUGGCUCAGCCUGGGAGCGUCAGCGCAGCACUGGCAGCACCUAACGGAGUCAGUGCCCAGGCCCUGCCUGUCAAGAUGUCCAAAGCCAGCAGGGUGAGCCAGGCCCUGGCAGGCAUGACAGCUAUUCUGAUGUCAGCCGCCGGACUGCCCGUGCACCUCACCCGUGUGCCGCAAGCUGCCAGCACCCAUAAGGCCACUAAAAAACACAGCUCAGUUAAGGAGGGGAGGAAAGUGUCCAAGAAAGCCACACCAACAGAGCCAGAAUCAGUGGUGAAGAAGUACCUAGAAGAGCUGAAGGGUGCUCCUGCUGAUGAGGACUGCAUGAUCUGCAUGGAGAAGCUGUCCUCCCCCUCGGGCUACAGCGACUCGUGCCCGUCCAGCACCAUCCGGCCAGAGGCCGUCGGUCGCCUGAGGAACUGCCAGCACUCCUUCCACAUGCUCUGCAUGCUGGCCAUGUACUCCAACGGGAACAAGGAUGGCAGCUUGCAGUGUCCCUCCUGUAAAACCAUCUACGGAGAGAAAACCGGUACCCAGCCCAAAGGGAAGAUGGAGAUCUCCACUUUCCCCCAGUCCCUCCCAGGACACAAGGACUGUGGGACCAUCAGGAUUGUGUAUCACAUCAGCAGGGGCAUCCAGGGCCCAGAGCACCCCAACCCUGGGAUGCCAUACACAGCCAGAGGCUUUCCUCGCUAUUGUUACCUGCCAGACAAUGAGAAGGGCAGGAAGGUCCUGGAGCUCCUGAAGGUGGCCUGGAAGAGACGCCUGAUUUUCACAGUGGGCACCUCCAACACCACGGGCGAGAGCAACACGGUGGUGUGGAACGAGAUCCACCACAAGACUGAGAUGGACUCAAACCUCAGUGGCCAUGGCUACCCUGACCCCAACUACCUGGACAAUGUGCUGGCAGAGCUGGCUGCCCAGGGUGUCACCGAGGACUGCCUGGGCCAGUGAG